GCCAGGUGAUCCCUGGGCGCUACAAAACGCAGCGCGCCAAGCAGCAUCUCCAUCCCUUGCAGCGCCCGCGGCUGGGACAAGGACAGCCCUCGCCAGGUAAGGAGAAGCCGAGGAGCCCGGAAAGGUCCUCAAGCCUGCCGCAGGGAAAGUUAGCCGCAGGACACCGAUCAGCCCAGGGAGGCAUCCAUGACCUUGUGACCACAAACUCCUCCCCGCAGACCAGAUGAAACAACCCACAGCAGAGGAACAAGCAACUGCGACAGCCUUACAGUGACAUUCAGGAGAAGGUGACAUUUCCUUCAUAGUUCACAUUGAAAGGCUGUAGUGACCUCAGAUCGAAGGGAGACCCUUGGCACCAUGUCCGAAUUCUGGUUAAUUUCGGCACCUGGGGACAAGGCAAACAUGGUGGCCUGGGACAGAAUGAACACAGUGACAUCCAAAGCCAACCUGUCCACCAACAGCAAGUUCAUCAUCCCUGACCUCAAGGUGGGAACUCUGGAUGCUCUGGUUGGCCUCUCAGAUGAGCUGGGGAAACUCGAUGCCUUUGCUGAAAGUGUAAUAAAGAAAAUCGCCCAGUAUAUUGGAGAAGUUCUGGAAGAUUCAAAAGAUAAAGUUCAAGAGAAUUUACUUGCAAAUGGAGUGGACCUGAUUAGUUACCUGACAAAGUUUGAGUGGGACAUGGCAAAGUAUCCCAUAAAACAACCACUGAAGAAUAUUUCAGAAACAUUAGCAAAGCAAAUUACACAAAUAGAAACAGAUUUGAAAAGCCGAGCAGCUGUAUACAACAAUAUCAAAGGAAAUCUCCAGAAUCUGGAAAGGAAAAACAUGGGGAAUCUUUUGACACGUACCUUAGCAGACAUUGUGAAUAAAGAAGACUUUGUGUUGAAUUCUGAAUAUCUCAUCACUCUCCUUGUUGUAGUUCCCAAGCCAAGCUAUGUACAGUGGCAAAAAACAUAUGAAUCGCUUUCUGAUAUGGUGGUGCCACGAUCUACAAAGAUGAUUGCUGAAGAUGCAGAGGGAGGACUCUUCACUGUAACACUGUUCCGAAAAGUGAUGGAUGAUUUUAAAGUUAAAGCAAGAGAGAACAAGUUUAUGGUUCGGGAAUUUUACUUUGAUGAGAAAGAACUGAAAUGUGAAAAAGAAGAAUUGAGGAAGUUAGCUUCUGAUAAGAAGCAACAGUAUGGUCCAUUGUUGCGUUGGUUAAAAGUGAACUUCAGCGAAGCAUUUGUGGCUUGGAUUCAUAUAAAGGCUCUUAGAGUUUUCUCUGAAUCUGUCCUCAGGUAUGGACUACCAGUGAAUUUCCAGGCAAUGCUACUUCAGCCGAACAAGAAAUCUACAAAGAGAUUGAGAGAGGUCCUUAAUGCAGUCUUCAAACAUCUGGAUGAAGUUGCAGCAGCUAGCAUCAUGGAUUCUUCUGUGGACAUCCCGGGCUUACAGCUAAGCAGUCAAGAUUACUACCCUUACGUCUACUUUAAGAUUGACCUCAGCCUUCUGGAUUGCAGCUAAGAGGUGCCAGACUUACCCCAUGACCAAUCUCCAAUGUCUUAAAAUUUGAUCGUUCAUGAGCAAUGAAAUUGGUGUGCAAGUACUUCCAGUUCCAAGUUAAGUACUAAGCGACCCCAAGAUGGACCAAAUAAUGACAAGCGAGUAUGCUGUGUAGUUUCCAGGUUUGGCCUGAUGUGGCAGAUACAAUUUCUCCAUUCUUAGCAUGACAAUUCUGGAAGCCUUUUUUGAUCAUGUUAGAGAACAUGCUUCACAAGGCAAAUCAUGUUAGUUGUAUUUAUUUUAUUUUGUAAGUUACAAGAGUUCUCAACCAGGGUUUUAAAUAAAAUCAAGUAAUAUCUGUGA